UUGUAUCAAAAAGUUGGAACAACAACAACUUUGAACUCAGUUAAGCCCGUAAAAGAUAAAUAUGAAUUAACCAAACCGGCAUAUGAGUCUCAACUGUCAGAGUUGAGUGCUUUAGAAGAAGAAAUAUUCCAUAUGAGAUUCUACUCAUUCAGUGUUGAGUUUCAUGGGUCAACAUCAAUAAAAUGUAAUAGCUCUGGCUGGGAUAGGAAUAGGUACCUGACUGACGGUGCGGGUCAGUCUUGUCAACAAGGAUUAAAAUCAAAAAUUGAAGGUAAAGGUGAGUGUUUUAAAAGUCAUACAAAUAAUUGCUACUCUGGGCCUCAUGAUGAAUGUGCUUUGGGGAAUAAUCCUGUAAUUGAAGGUUCGGGUGUUAUUUACUCCAAAUCAGCAAUUAAAAAAGAUCAGAUAUGUUGUACACUAGACUGCUUCUCAAAGACAGAGUUAUAUAUAAGCUUAACAGAUCAACCUUUUGUAGCUCUUGCAUUAGAGCAUACUUCGGAUUACUUUAGCAUAAUGAUUGCGCAAUAA